AUGGCUCCACAACCAAUAUAUUGUCACCAUCCUCAUCCACAUCCUCACUCACACGAAGCGGCAGCAGCAGUGGCCGCUGCCCAACACCAGCAUGCCAUCUAUCAUCAGCAGCAGCAACAACAACAGCAGUACGGCACCUAUUCCACAGCUGCUCAUGGACAACAUCAUUUGGUGGCGGCCGGACCACAUGGACCGCAGAGUCAAAUCUAUCAACAAAUACCACCGCAUAUGGGUCCGAUGGCUCAAAACGGUGGCCAAGCCAAUCCACAUUCCAUAUAUCAGCCAUUGGUUGCGGUCAGCCAGGGUUCGAUUUAUGUCUCAAAUUUGGCCACAAUGCGGCGACAGAACUCCCAGCAAAGUAAUGCGGGACAUCCACAGAUACCCGGACAUCAUGGCAUGUCACAGCAACAGGGUGGGGGCCGCAUGCCACCCACGUCACAUCAUCAAACGAUGAGUGUGAAAUCCCCACAAGAUGGCAUGCGGGAUCCAUCCCGUUCUGAGGCAAUGGAUACGGCUAUCUAUGAUCGUGAGAAGGGUAUUUACAAGUGUUCAACACUGCGGCAGGGUGGUAAAUUUGAUCCCAAAUAUAAGCCAUCGAUUUUGAAUUGUCCACUGCCAGAAAUACCUAAGGAUGCAGAUCCACCCAGUGUCGAGUCGAUAUAUGAAAAGCAACGACAACAACAGCAACAGAAUUAUUCGAAAACUCUUCAAAGACCACCAAUGAAAUUGCCCCCACAAAUGAAAGCAAUACCACCACCACGAGUUGGCACACCCAAUUCACCACCACCUCCACCUGAGAACACCGACAAUGGUGGAAAUAAUCUACCCAAACCCUAUAGCCAUCAGAAUGGUGGCAAUACCAUGAACAUGGGUAACGGAGGAGGUGGUGGAGUGGACACAUCUAGCACUGCCACCACAAAUACUACCAAUACGAAUACAACAACAACAAAUGUAUCCGAUACAAAUCGUCAAAUGAACAACGACGCAUCACUGCCACCACCGCCGCCCUUGGAUACACCAGAGGACACGGGACCCAAAUCGAAUAAUAUAAUGCAUCACAACAACAACAGCACAAACAAGAAUAACAGCGCACAGCAACAACAACAUAUGAACGAUGAAGAUGAUCUGCCCCCGCCACCACCACCGCCAGCAAUGAACGACGAUUCUAAUUAUGCGGUAACGGAACUUUAA